AUGGGGGAAAAAGUUUUGGCUUUAAAAGACAAAAUCAUGAAGCAUCCCAUGAUGAAAAAGGAAAACCUAAACCCUAAAUUAUGGAUGAAAUCGGAGCAUCACAAAGACCUCACAGAUGUAAUUCUUCAGAAGGAGCCAGAGGAAGAUGCCGAUUAUGAUCAUGUGGAGAUGUUGCUAGAGGCUGAAAAGGGAUACAUCGAAGCUGCAAAAAGGAACGAUGUGGAAACCAUGAAACGUUUAGGACGAGGUGUGAAUGUUAAUGCGUUAAACAUGCACAAUCGAACUGCACUUCACUAUGCAGUGGCCGGCAAAAAUGUACAAGCUGUUGACGUCCUCCUUAGAAGAAGAGCGAAGCUAGACUUGCAGGACAAGUUCGGAUUAACCCCUAUUCACUUGACAGCAUGGUUUGGCAGUUUGGAAAUCCUCAAGCUUCUCAUCCAGAGUGGGGCUGAUCAGAGGGUUAAGAACACGGAAGGUAUGAACAUGAUGCACUGUGCUGCUGUUAACGAUCACACUGACAUCGUGGAAUACAUCGUUAAUGACCUUCAGAUGAAAGAACUUGACAAAGAAGACAAUCAUGGAAACAGACCUUUUGCUGUGGCAGCAGAGCAUGGCUGUGUGCGAAUGUUGCAGAUGCUGAUGGAAGAGCCUUACCAAAUGGCCACCAUGGAGGAAAAUAAGAACGGCAACACACCUUUACACCUAGCUGCCAAAAACGGCCAUCUAGAAGCCUUAGAGCUGCUGCUUGAACACUUUGAGAUCCGCAAUGAAGUCAAUCAUGCUGGAGAAACGGCACUGUUUUUAGCCACUGAUGGAUCAUAUGAUGACUGUGUUCUGGCUCUGCUAAACUCUCGCUGUGACCCAAACAUCCCCGACACAAACAAGACCAGUGCUCUUCAUGCUGUGUGUGAAAAGGGCUACACAUCAGUGGCGAAGCUCCUCCUUGACAACGGUGCUGUGAUCAACACCAGAAACCAAUAUUUACAAACUCCGUUCCACCUUGCAGUGAAGAACUGUCACAUUACAGUGAUUGAAACUUUGCUAGAAUACAGCUGUGAUGCAGAUGCCCAAGAUCAUCUGGGUCAGACGGGGCUCCAUGUUGCAGCAGAACUGGGCAAGAUAGAUUUACUAGAAAUGAUUCUGAAGGCUGAUGUGAAUAUAGAAAUCAGAGACAGGCAAGAGAAAACAGCACUGGGAGUGGCAGCCAGAGCUGAUAUGGUGAUUAUUGUUGAUAUGAUCAUCAAAGCUGAAAGAUACUACAGCUGGAUAAGGUCCGAUCCAGAAACUAUUGAGCACCAUGAUGAUGAGUUUCUGCUGACAUUUAAACCAGACCGCAACGCUGAGAUGAAGCAGGUACGCAGUGUGCUUUGGAAUCUGGCCUACAGGCAUCUGGGCAAGGACGAGUGGAAGAAGCUGGCAGAACAGUGGGCUUUUACUGAGGAGCAAAUAUAUGCCAUCGAGGAGCAAUGGACAGGUCCCAACAGUUAUCAGGAGCAUGGAAACAGGAUGCUACUGAUAUGGCUCCAUGGAGUGACGGUUGCACAGAAAAACGUAGCAAAGGAGCUCUACCAAGGACUGAUCGCUAUCGGCAACGCUAAAAUAGCAGAAAAGCUGAGAACGGAGGGAGAGGACAGCAGUAAGAAGAAAUGUGCAAUUUCAUGAAACCAUGGUGACUUAAUGUAAAACAAUGCUUUAUUUCUAUCAGAUUCAUGAGAAACAGCAAAUGCGACAU